AUUUCCUUUUCGUUUCUUCCAAUUUUCUUGGAACAAGACCAGUCGCCAUUUUUUCUUUUUUUUGCUUUGUCAAAAAUUUUAGUAGUCUUGAAGUGUAGAAAGCAUUUUUUUUUUUUUUUUUGUGUGUGUGUGUGGGGGGGACAUAGGGAAGUUUUGAAAGUUGGAUUCGUUAAAAAGAAAGAUUUUUACUACUCAUGACCUGAGCUUGAUGCGCUGGUUGGUUGCCAGGAAUUAUAUGCGAAGAGAAGAAGCUGAAAUGAUGAGCUUUUUAUUUUUAUUUUUUAUUUUUCUAAUGUAUUUUUGAUCGCACUUCCGUCCGAAUAACGAAAGAUUUCAAGAGAUUAAAAUUGCAAAUUCUUUUCUCAUCAACCAAACUAAUGGGCAAAAAUUUUGUCUGUUAUAUAUGCAUGCGCUUUCCUGCAUUAGUUUCCAUGAAUAAUUCUUCAUGAAUUAUUGAUUAUAUUUGUGUUAAGAAUUUACAUGUUUGUUGUGUAUGGUGCUUGAUGCAUAUUGAGUCUGCUGUUUCCAAGUCAUUGUCAUUAUACAUGUCAAGAUAUUUUCUCUCUGUUUUUUGUUUUUUCUUAAUGCUUUGCUGAGGACUAUACAAAAAAAAAAAAAUUAUGAAAAUUCUUCAUGAACAAAAACUUAAUAAAUGUCCCCAAUUCUUCCGGUAUGUUUAUGAAGAUUUUUGGGGAAAGAUUGACUAUUAGGAUUUUAGUUGAGAUAGUUUUGAUAGCCUACUACAGAUUCAAACUUAUAUAAGCUUACUGGAUCUCAAAUUAUGCAUUUUAAAUGACUUACUUUCUUUCAGCAUCCAGAAUGUGGCUGUUCUAUGCGCUAGAAAAUCUACCUUCAGUUAGUUCGUUAUAAGUUUAGCGUAUAUGUUAGAUGAUAUGACUACGGAGAGAAACCAAUUUGCAGUUUGAAUGGGAUUUUGUCUGCCUGCUUUUUAUAGUCGACAAGGUGCAUCUCUAAAUCUGCAUUCCAGACAUACCCCUAAGAUCUUCCAAAUAUAUUACCUGUUCCUUAAACUAGUUUCAGUUUAAUGCUCUGUGCCUUGUUUUCCCAAGGCCUGAAAACAUGAAGAGAGAAAAUGUGAUGACUGCUAAUGGUAGAGAGCUUCCUGGUCGAAUAACACGUUCUAGAGCUGCUGCCUUAGCUGCAUCUGGACAGUUACCCCCUUUAAAAGCACCGGCACAGCAAAAUAAGAAGCAGGCUUCACAAACAAAUUCAAAGAGAAGUGCCACUGAUGAGAACCAUACCAGUUCUGAAAAUGCAUGUGUUCCGAGUAAGAGAAGAGUGGUGCUUCAGGAUGUAACCAAUAUUUGUUGUGAUAGGAGCUGUUUCAACGCCCCCAAAGUUCAGGCUAAGAACAACAAGACAGCCAAAAAAGGUUGGAAGAAGGAGACCAGAGUGACCCCUUCUGUUUCUACAGAGUUUCCUCCUCCUCAGUCUGAUUUGAAAGAAAAGAAUGUGCAAGAAAUAGUGAAAAUAGAAGUUCAAUUGGAAGAGGUUAAAUUUUCAGUUAAUUUGGAAGAAAAUUUACCUCUUAGGUUAACUACCUUAAAGGGGUGUGACGAAGAUGGUCACCAGUUUGAUAGUCAAAGUUCUUUAACGAAUUCACAACUUGAAAGUCCUUCAAAGAAAGAGAAAGGAUAUGGCAACAUCAUGACAUCAAGAACUCCAGACAUUGUUGACAUUGAUGCGAAUCACAAGAAUCCUGAAUUUUGUUGCCUCUAUGCUCCUGAUAUCUAUAACAAUUUACGUGUUGCAGAGCUUUCUCGUAGACCAUAUCCAAACUGUAUGGAAACAAUACAGCGAGAUAUCACCCAAAGUAUGCGGGGUAUUUUGGUGGAUUGGCUUGUAGAGGUAUCAGAGGAAUACAAGUUGGUCCCAGAUACACUUUAUCUCACAGUACAUCUAAUUGAUUGGUUUCUCUCUCAAAACUACAUAGAAAGACAUAGACUUCAACUUCUUGGAAUCACUUGCAUGCUGAUUUCCUCAAAGUAUGAAGAAAUUUGUGCACCACGCGUAGAAGAAUUUUGCUUCAUCACAGACAAUACUUACACGAGAGAGGAGGUAUUGCAAAUGGAGAUUCAAGUGUUGAAGCAUUUCAGUUUUCAACUUUUUGCACCCACAGCAAAAACUUUUCUCAGGAGAUUUCUUCGUGCAGCUCAAGCUUCUUAUAAGACCCCUUGUCUUGAACUGGAGUACUUGGCCAAUUAUCUAGCUGAACUAACAUUGGUAGAUUAUGGCUUCUUGAAUUUCCUUCCUUCUAUGAUAGCUGCAUCGGCUGUAUUUCUUUCCAGAUGGACACUAGAUCAGUCGAGCCAUCCAUGGAAUCCGACACUAGAAUACUAUACCUCGUACAAGCCAUUGGAUUUGAAAACAACAGUUCUUGCCUUACAAGACUUACAGUUGAACACAAAUGGUUGUCCUCUUAGUGCCGUACGCAUGAAAUAUAGACAAGAGAAGGUAUCAAAUUGCCAAAAAAGAAAAAAAAGAAAGAAAAAAAAAAAAGAAAAAAGAAAAAAGAAAAUUGUUCCAACCUUUAUUUGUGGUUUCAUUUCACUUUUAUCCUUUACUUGGGUGUCAAAAUUGUAGUUUGUAAAGUUCAUGUCAAUAGGGACUUCCUUGAUGUUAGAUAUGGAAAAUUCUAUUAAGCUUAUAAUGAAGUGAUUGUUGUUAUAGCAGUUCAAGUCGGUGGCAGCAUUGUCUUCUCCAAAACUGCUUGAAACACUGUUUUGAAGAUGAGUUUAAAGCCUCCGGCAUCUUACUGUGCGAGAGAAUGCUAACUGAUGGGUAUACUUUUUUGGCCAAAUGGAAAGUUCCAUCUGGAUUUUGCCAAAUUUAGUCCUUGACUUUGUAAUUGAUGUCUAAUCCAUUUAUAUUCAUUUUCUGCCAAAUUGGUUAGAUCUUUGUUUUAGAAAUUCUAACCUUUGUGUCCUGUUCUUUUCAAACCCUUUUUCUAUGUAAAACUGAAGCUAAGGAUAUGGCCGCUUAGUUUGAAACUAAAUGUGUAAAUUGUUUAUCUACACUUGGGACUUAUAAUUGGGCUGUAACUGUGAUAGGGAAAGUAAACGUGUUAAAUCUGUAAAGUAGGCAAGAGAGCAUUUUUACUUGCUGAAUGUAACUUUGGCAAACUAUGCCUCAAUUAAUGUACUUCUAUUUUGCAAA